GACGACUGACGAUGACGUACCGAGGUCAGAGUUAAAGGCGGGUUACUAUGGCGGCGUUGAACUUUUUCGGUCGGUUAUUUGUCUCGUGUCAGGGAGUUGGAACUUGGCUCACUCCUCGCUUGGCGAUGCAUUGCAUUGGAGCCGGUGUACGAUCUGUCGUAGUUAGUCGACACGCUGUGAAGGCGAGAGUGCCGUCCUCCGGAGCGAAAAGCUUUACUGAGAGUGCCUCGGGGUUGGCGGCUGGGCCCAGGGCAGAGCUGCGGGUGCGUCGCCUGGAGGCGGAGUCGGCAGGAAUUGUUGUAUUUGGAAUAAACAGACCGCAGUCCAAAAAUGCAAUCAGCAAAAAUCUUGUGGAAAUGAUGUCAAAAGCUAUAGAAGAAAUUAAAUGUGAUAAAAAUGUUCGAACGGUUAUACUGCGCAGUGAGGUACCAGGAAUAUUUUGUGCAGCAUUGAAGAGAGGAGAGUGUACUGGACAGGAGACAGAAGUAGAAGAGGGAAGGUGUGCGUGCGUGUGUGCUGAUUUGAAAGAACGAGCCAAAAUGCGGCCAAGUGAAGUUGGUCCAUUUGUUUCCAAAGCAAGAAGUUUAAUUAAUGAGCUAGGUAACCUCCCAAUGCCCACAAUUGCCGUACUCGAUGGAGCAGCCUUAGGAGGAGGCCUUGAAAUGGCUCUGGCUUGUGACAUCCGUGUGGCUGCUACCUCUGCAAAAAUGGGACUUGUUGAAACAAAGUUGGCAAUCAUUCCAGGUGCAGGUGGCACACAGCGUCUUCCUCGUACUAUAGGAGUAUCCUUGGCAAAGGAGCUUAUUUUUUCUGGACGAGUGCUUGAUGGUACUGAAGCCAAAGUAAUUGGUCUGGUUAAUCAUGUUGUAGGACAGAAUGAAGCAGGAGAUGCAGCCUAUCACAGGGCAUUAUCUCUUGCAAGAGAAUUCAUACCUCAGGGUCCGAUUGCAGUGAGAUUAGCAAAACUAGCCAUCAACCAAGGGAUAGAGGUUGAUUUGAAAACUGGUUUAGCAAUAGAAGAGGCCUGUUAUGCUCAGGUCAUUCCAACAAAAGACAGGAUCGAAGGACUUAAUGCGUUUAAAGAAAAGCGGCUGCCCCGAUACACAGGGGAAUGAUAAUAAGACAUAGUAAAAAAAGGGCUUCUAUGGGAUGGAACACAAAAUGUACAAGCUGAUUUAUGUUAUUUUCUCUGUGUUCAGAAAUGACUUCAGUAGAUACGAAUAAGAGCCGUAAUAUGUAUGAUUUUGAGCAUCAUAAUUAUAAGAAAAAUACACAGCAUUACUGUUUUUCUACCUUAAACAUUUACUACAAUGUGAUUCUUUUUGUAUUUAAAUCUUUUAUUGUAAAGCAUGCCAAUGAUAAGGUCAAUCUUGUAGCCUAUAUCAACAUUCUCCACAAUCAUCCAAUAAAUGGCAUUCAGUAUUUUGGCAAAA